AUGAAUACUGCCAUUCCGGCAGAGAAAACUCCCGCCGUAGAUGGGAAGCUCGCGCGACAUGGAAUACUAUCGAAAACGCACACUGGAGACCCACGAUUGGACAAACAUUUAGAAUACAUCAGAAAAGUAUCAUGGGCCUCGACAUCUCUUGGACCGUUGGAGUCAUGGCCUCACGACCUUUUACAACUCUGCCACGUCUGCAUGCUGGAUCCACAACCACGUCUUCUCAUUUUGGGAUCUGAGCGUGUGCUAUUUUACAAUGCGGAAUACUCUGUGAUGUGCGGUGACAAGCAUCCAAGCAUCCUUGGCCAACCUAUUAUCGAAGCUUGGGGCGAUAUUGCGGCAUAUGCGGUCGACGUGCCUCUGGUCACUGCGGAAGCUACGGGACGAGGGGUGGAUCUACAUGAUCAAUCGCUAAUAUAUGAGCGUAAUGGCUUUCUCGAAGAAGUUUUUCUGUCGUGGACGGUCAUACCGUUGCUUGGAUCAACCCCGGGCUUCUAUGUAACGUUGACUGAUGUGACAGAGACAACAUUGGCAGAGAAGAGGCGAGCUGUUCUCCGAGCACUUAACGCUGCUUGGGAUGUUGUCAAGGAGCCUCGCGAGUUUUGGCAGAGUAUUACCGGAAGUUCGGCCCUGGAUACGUCUCUUUUUCCUUUCGCAUUUCUCUAUGCUGCAGAGCCCCGUGCGGAUGCAGAGAGCUCAAUUGACACUUCUCCGGACCCAGCUCAUGAGAUGCGAUUUAAGCUUGCAGGAUCUACUGGCGACGCGACUAUCACUGCUAGGUUACCAGAAGAGCUAAGCUCCGACCAGUUCAGCUUGUUAUCGAAAUCCGCAGACCCUACACUGGUCCGACAGAGUGAGGCUAGCGGAUCACCUUUGUCGUGUUUAGGAAAAGAUUGCAUCCUGGUACCGAUACGUUCGAAUCGAUCAGAAAAGAUUAUUGCCUAUCUGUUCCUUGGCACCAACCCAAAACGACCUUACAACGAGAAUUACCAAGAAUGGAUGCAUGAACUCUCCAGGUGUCUGAGUAACGCUGCAACGAACGUUCUCCUGGCUGAGGAAGAGAAGCGCAAGCAACACUACCGAGCGAUACAGGUAGCCAGAGAACAACAACUUCUAGCAGCCGCAUUAGCAAAUCGCGACAGAGAAGCUGUUGCGGCGACGGAUCAAUACCAACGCACGCUCAAGGUUGUGGAUAUGGCUAACGUUGGCAUCUUCGAGUACGACACCGACGGUCGGCUAAUAUAUGCCAAUGAUGCUUUCAAGGCUAUGGUUCGAUGUUCAUCAGAGAUGAUGAAUGCGAAUAGGAUGGUAUUCCUCGAGUUGACAUUCCCGGAAGAUGCUGAAUACAUCUUAUCGAAAUGGCAUUGCGCGCUCGGUGGUACACCUUGUACGUUCGAAAUGAGGUUCAGGACUCCCGGAGGCCAGGCUCUCUGGGUUCUUGCAGCCGUAAUACCAGUAUUCGAGAACAGUAUCGUCAAGAGCAUAUCUGGAUGCAUCACAAACAUCCACGAUACAAAGUUGAGGGAAACGGAAUCCGUACAGCGAUUGCAAGCGCUUGAAAGGGCAAAGGCAUGGGAAUUGCGCUUCGUAAAUUUCGCUGAGAUGGCUCCAAUCGCCAUCUACUUUGCAACACAGGACAGUCAAAAGGUUUCGUAUUGCAAUCCGGCAUGGUUCGGAAUGACCGGGCAUCCUGUCGUACCUUUCGAUCAGAUUGAUUGGACGAACAUAGUCUACGAGGAAGAUAUUGAGCUUGUCAGGAGCACUUGGGCUAAAGUCUUCAGCACCAACGAACCCACGACUGCACAAUUUAGACUACGACGCAGCUGGGCUGACGGAAAUGGAGUGACCAUCGGUCCGGUAUGGGUCACUGUAAAUGCGCUACCCGAGUACAACGAAGAUGGAACUAUCAAGGGUUUGAUCGGCACCAUGCUGGACAUUUCAGCAUUGAAGUUUGCAGAGAUGGUACAACAGAUGAAAGCUCAGGAAGCCUUGGAAGCAAAGCGACAAUCUUCGAACUUCAUCGACAUGACAUCGCAUGAGAUUAGAAAUCCUCUUGGUGCAGUCUUCCAUUGUUCUGACGCUGCUCAAGAAACUCUGGCCGAUAUGACAGUGCUCGCAAACCAACUAGCUUCUACUGCUGAGUCGAAGAUUGGCCAACAGCUGCAUGAGCUCAUCGCAAGCGGUGUCGAUUCUGUCAGCACAAUCAUUUCCUGCUCGCAACAUCAGAAGAGGAUUGUGGACGAUAUCCUUGUGCUCUCCAAACUCGACUCGAAUCUCCUACAGAUCAACCCUUCGACCGUCAGAGUAACAACCCUACUACACGAUGUCGAGAAGAUGUUUGAAGCCGAAGCCCAACGAAGCGACGUACAACUUGUAACCCAAUCCCACGCCUCACUCGAGCAAAUGGGAGUCAAUUGGGUACUGCUGGACCCAGGACGAGUCCAACAAGUCCUCAUCAACCUUCUAACCAACGCAAUCAAAUUCUGCAAGAAGAAGAACCAGAGGCGAGUCACCAUACGUAUUGGUGCAUCCAAGAUACGACCUUCGGAGAACGUUCUUCCCGACAUCGAUUUUGUGGUCGCGCACUCGUUGCAUGAUUCCGUGUAUGACGAUCCCAAAUUCGAGUCUCAGAGCUUCUACCUCUGGUUCAGUGUAGAGGAUACUGGACGCGGUAUGUCUGCAAACGAAAAGGGCCGUAUCUUUGCUCGUUUCACACAAGGUACUCCUCGUACGGAGUCGGAGUAUGGAGGUUCAGGACUGGGUCUCUUCAUCUCGCGUGAGCUGGCAGAACUUCAAGGUGGAGAGAUAGGUGUGGCCAGUGAACUCCACGUCGGCAGCACAUUUGCCUUUUUCGUCAAGACCAGACACACCGAAGCCCCUGUAAUCGCCAGCUUGCACAAUCUAACCCUACAACAAAAACAACAAACCGACCCCACCUACACAACCAAAAAAUCAGACAUCAACAUCUUGGUCGUCGAAGACAACGCCGUAAACCAAAAACUGCUCCGCCAACAACUUUCCAAACACGGAUUUACAGUAACAACAGCAGAUAACGGCUUAGACUGUCUCUCCAAACUCCGCCACACCAAACACUGGCGGGCAAAUACUUCUCCCUCAGCAUCUUCUGUAGAAGUUAUUCUCAUGGAUAUAGAAAUGCCGUUGAUGGAUGGAUUACAAGCGACCAAAGAAAUCAGGAAACUGGAAAAGGAGGGGCUGUUGACGGGACAUGUUCCUAUUAUUGCGGUGAGUGCGAAUGCGAGACAGGAACAGAGGGAUCUGGCUAUGGAUGCAGGGAUGGAUGAUAGUAUUUCUAAACCGUUUAGGAUUGCGGAGUUGGUGCCUAAGAUUGAGAGGUUGGCUGGUUGGACUUGA